UGAAGCAGUAGGUGGAAGAGUGGCCUUACAUGAAGAUAAGAUCCUGACUUGGGUAGCCAAGGAUGACUUGCCUAUGAUCUCUCCAUGGUCUUCAGUGCUGCAAUCAAAACCUUUGUGUGGUUUAUAGGCAGUCUCCUUGGCUAAUCUAAGUGGCUCUUUUCCUUCAUGCUAGGCUGCUUACUCUUUCUAUGUUCCAUGAGGUGUUAGUGCCAAGAAGAAGCUUGUGGUUGACUUUACAGUCCUGGAAUGAAAUCCUUAUCUUAACUGGUGGUAAGACAUAUCUUAGAAUCAGGUACCAGGCCACUGGUAUCAACUGGUCAUCUCAAUCAAUUUGUCUAUGUUCAUGCAUUGUUCUCUGGUAUUCUUCACUUGGAAAUUUUCCAUUGUUCUUCAUGGAUCCUUAGCAGCCUCAUUAAUGGCCUCUGUUCUCUUUCACUAUGGACAGGGGAAAUGCAGUGUUUCUACGUUAGAAUCUCGUGUUCUUUAUGAUGGGCAUCGACUCACGUUCUCCUUCUUUUUCUGCAUAUGAGAUUUCUUUUCGUGAUUCGAGUUUGUUCUCUUGCACUAGGGAUGCAGUCAUGCUGUAUUGCGUAUGUAUGUAUAUGUAGUCAUGUGAAGUAUGCUUCUUUGAGGUGUUUCAGUUCUAUGACUGAUACUUUAGCCAAUUCAUGUAAGCUUUGAAUUGGCUGACUAUUGUAGCCUGAUUCCUUAAAAGUGCAACUGGCAACGAUUCAGGAUUGUGUAUGAUGUGAGCCUUACUGAUGAUUGUUGGUCUCAGAAUAGUGGUUUCACUACUCAUUCAUCUUCACAACUGCUUCUCACACAUUCGUCUUGGAAUCUAAAGUGAAAGGCAUCAUCUGAUCUACAGGUUUGUUCUUGCCUUAAUACUUUUAAGUGGUACUAUACAUUUGAGAUGCAUUAUUUUGAGCCUGUGGUAUCUGUCAAUUUUGGUGAUCCAUCAGAACCAUAAAAAUGUGCCAAGUUUGGCAUUCAUUUGGAUGCCUAUUUGAGACACUUAUCACCUACAUGUUGGCAUUCAUUUGGCAUUCUUUUAUUGCCUCCUUCUCUCGCUGAAUAUUCUGGGACAAAUUUCUUAUUUAUCUGAUCUAGGAUGCUUAUUCUACGCCAAUUCUACCACUUGAAUGAGUGAGUUAUCUGCUUCAGAUCAUUUGUCAUUCUAUUUUGUGACAAAACUAUUUGCUGCAACUUCUAACAUCCAAUUACAUGAUUUCUGACGCAUUAUCUGAACCAUUACUGCUGGAAUACAUGCUCAGGCAAAGGUGUUAGUCUUCUGCUUUUAAUCUGUUCUUUGUAUUUCUGUACUUAAAGUUUGUAUCUUUGAUCCAAUUUGCUUUGAAAAUUAAGAUUUUAAUGCAGAGAAGCUUUUUAACCAAAUAUGGAUCACUGGCCAUACUUGUGUGAUUGCCAGCUCAUCAAAGUGAAGUGCUGCAAGUCAAGCAAGAAGAAGAGAUGGUGAUUAGAUCUCCUGGUGGCAGCUGGUUGGUCUGUUCUUGAGAAUGCUUUUGAGACUAUAGGUUGAGGGUUUUCCAUCCCAUCAAAUUUUGAUCUGUCCAAGUGGUAGGAUCACUAGGAAAUAUAAUGGUCGAUUUCGUCUGUGAAUUUGGUCUUCUUGUUGCAGUCAUGAAAUGGUUAUAUCGGGUAGAAAAAGGAAAUCCAUGAAUCAUAGUUCUGCAUAAUUUCCAAUCUGUUGCUUGAAUAUGUGUAGGAAAGCAGAUUAGAAUUCAGGGAUGAUUCGUGAGGAAUCAUAGUUCUGCGUAAGUCAUUGAGCUUCGAAAUAUGGUUCAAUGCAUCAGUUGCAGACAAAGGAUCCAAAAAAGAUUCUUGUGUGUGGUCUUCGUGACCUGAUGUAAAGCUUCAAGUAAAAGAAUCCAAGUUAAACUCAAGAGGAGAUCUAAAGAUGGCGUUAAAAAUGAGUUCGUAUCGUGUUUCUACCCCCCGCCGCUUCUAUUUAUAUAUAUACAUAUAUAUAUUACUUCACUAGAAAUCAACCAAAUGGCUCGUCUUUAGACCGGAGGAGCUCUUCCCUCCUCUCUGCUCUCUGAACUUGCUUUGGUUUGGUUUCGGGCAUUGCAUUCGGCGAUGACGCGGCCCAACAUCGACAUGAUCACCGCUUCUCUCCGGAACUGCUCUCUGAGAAGAGGCCGGAGGGAGCCAAAGCCGCCGCCGCUGCCACGGCGGCAGCAGCGGCGCCAUCUCGUCGAGGACAGCGACGAGAUCGCGGGAGUCACGGUGGAGUUGAACUCGGGGACCGCCCUCCCGCACAACUGGGAGCAGUACCUCGACAUGAGGACAGGGGAAGUCUACUACAUCAACUGGGAGACCGGCAUCAGAACCACGGAGGACCCGCGAAACUCCACGAUCGCCUCAUCCUAUUCCGACGAAGGCGAGGCCUCGGAUGAUGAGGACAGCGGCUCCAGCUACGACGCCAGCGGAGAAACCACUGGCUCCAGCUACGAUGCCAGCGGAGACACCCCUGGCUCUUCCAGCCUUUCCUCCGCCUCCUCCACGGAGACCUCCGCGUCCGUCGAUGACGUUGGCAGCGGCGGCGGCGGCCACGUCCUCGUCGCCGCCGGCUGCAGAGCCUGCUUCACGUACUUCAUGGUCCCUAAGCGCGCCCAUGUCUGCCCGAGCUGCGGCGGCCGCCUCUUCCACCUCGGCAACAACGGCUCCUCCUGAGCUGAUCCAGUGUCAAAGAUCGCGUUUUUAUGAACAUGCAAGUUGCAAUCUUUGUACCCUUUCUUUCCGAACUACACGCAGAUGUGAAUCAUAGAGAUGACAUCAGUCCACAAACAGGAGGGAUCAAUCAAUUGAAUUCAUUAAGAGUUCUCUUUAGAAUGUCAUCGUUGUUAUCAGUGGCUCAGUACCGCAAUCACGCACUCCGUGUGGGACUCUCUCGUCUUCUUCGUCUUCUUCCUCUUCAUCCAUGUUUGGUUCAGGCUCCACGCCAACCUGGACGCGGGGAACAAAAGCGUAGUGGACUCUGAAGCGAUGAGGUGUGCUUGUUUUCCCUGGUCCUGCCUCACUCCCCACGUCGCCCACGCCGAGCUCCAAUCUCAAAUCACGUCCACGCGUGCAUCUCAAAGCACCAAGAACGCAGAUCACGCGAUGGACACUCCGAAUGGGUACGAGAGGACCACGCCGGAAUUGGAUCUUUCGUCAUCCAUGGCAGUUGCGGGCCUUUGGGAUAUGGACGCGCGUGGAGAUCUACUUGUAUCCUUUCCUCUGUUCUGUAACGGAACGGUACUUUUGUAAGGGUCAUUUCGGAGAUCAUUGGCUUUGUUCCCCGUUGUAUUUUCUAUCGACCAUUACUUGUCUUUCUCAUGACGCAGUAAACAUAUGCUUUGGAUUCUACAACACCAAAGCCAAACCCCAACUGUGCAAAAGAAGCUUAAGAUAGUAGAAUUCUUUUGCCUUCUGGGGACUGAGAAGGGAAUAAGGUGGGUAGACGAAGGAGUUAACUGC